GCGUGGCGAGGGCGAGGACGAAUUGCUCCCCAGGGCGGCAAAGGCGCUUGUUCGUCGUGGACGCAAAGAAAGGCGUAGCCACAAACUGUCAUUGACGGAGGCGGGAGGUAUGUCUACGCGAGGCGGCGCCCGUGGGAAGAAGCGGGAAAACAUCCCCGCGGACACGCAGGGGCGGGAAAGGGGUCGGCGGCAUGUCCCAAAGGCGAAGAGGCUCCGUUCAGAAGAACCAUCAGCUAGCCUCCCUCCUCGGCGAGGGCGUACUUGGACGGUAGCCAACGAGGAGGAAGAUGACGACGUGUUCAUGACGGAGGAGGAAGCAGCAGAGGAGAACGUGACGGCGCCUCGGGGAAGCACUCUUCAACGGUCAGGUGAUCAGAGCGGUGCGAUAAGAGUAGCGACGCCCCCUCCGGAGGCGCAACAAGUUCGUGCACACAACACCCAGAAGGCGAAGGAGGUUGUCGUCGAUGUCGGCGGCGAGGACGAUGAGCCGUUGGAGAGCCGUAGACAACGCAAUGUGACACAAGGUGGCACGGUGAUGGCAGUCAGGAUACGCGCCGCGACUGAAGAAAGGCCACCUCAGGGUGGCCUGCCCUUGACGCCAUCCCAGCCGCGACCGCGCAGCACGGCUGCGGAGGGGGGCUCCAUGGAACGCGGGGGAGGGGAUGGGGCCCAAUAAGAAGCGCGCGUGGCGGGUGGGGUUGCCAUCGCUGCUGCAGCAGCGGGACCAUC